AUGACCAACAUGAGCUGGAGCUUCCUGACGCGGCUGCUGGAGGAGAUCCACCACCACUCCACGUUCGUGGGCAAGGUGUGGCUCACGGUGCUGGUGGUCUUCCGCAUUGUGCUCACGGCCGUGGGAGGAGAGUCCAUCUACUCUGACGAGCAGACCAAGUUCACGUGCAACACGCGGCAGCCGGGCUGCGACAAUGUCUGCUAUGAUGCCUUCGCGCCCCUGUCCCACGUGCGCUUCUGGGUCUUCCAGAUAGUGGUCAUCUCCACGCCUUCCGUCAUGUACCUCGGCUACGCUGUGCACCGCCUAGCCCGUGCUGCGCAGGAAGAGCGCCAGCGCGCCCCCCGCCGUUGCCCUGGGCCCCGCGCGCCCCUACCAAUGCCUCCGCCGUCCCACCCCAGCUGGCCCGAGUCCGCCAACCUGGGCGAGGAGGAGCCCAUGCUGGGCCUGGGCGAGGAGGACGAGGAGCAGGGGGCAACAGAGGGCCUGGGAGGGGAGAAUGAAGCCGAGGACGCGGGUGUGGCCAAGGGCUCCGGUGGGGACGGCAAGGUGGUGGGGACUCCGGGCCCCAAUGGGCCUCAUGAUGGGCGGCGGCGCAUCCAGCGGGAAGGCCUGAUGCGCGUGUACGUGGCCCAGCUGGUGGCACGGGCCGCCUUCGAGGUGGCCUUUCUGGUGGGUCAGUACCUGCUGUACGGCUUUGAGGUGCCGCCCUUCUUUCCGUGCAGCCGUCAGCCCUGCCCACACGUGGUCGACUGCUUCGUGUCGCGGCCCACCGAGAAGACGGUCUUCCUGCUGGUCAUGUAUGUGGUCAGUUGUCUCUGUCUGCUGCUCAACCUCUGCGAGAUGGCGCACCUGGGCUUGGGCAGCGCUCAGGACGCCGUGCGCGCCCGUCGCCCCGCCGUCCGGGGACCUCGGAGGGCCGGUGCGCCUGCUUCUGGGUCUGGCAGUGCCACGUCGGGGGGCACGGGAGGGGGCCAGGGUCGGCAGGGCGCCAAGCCCAGGGCAGGCUCUGAGAAGGGCAGUGCCAGCAGCAGGGAGGGGAAGACCACCGUGUGGAUCUGAGUCCCCGCCCCCACUGCUCUUAGUCCUCUCCCGCCACCUUGAGCCGCCCUGGCCAGGGGUGCUCAGCCCUUCCCUAGGAGCC